UCUGACGUCACCAGAACGCGGCCAUUUUCGACAGGGUCAGUGGUCUUACGAACUCCAGAGUUUGCUGGAUACAUAUAGAUUUUCCAUCUACUAUUUUUAUCGCUAAAUAACUGUUAUCAGAAGCGAGGAAAGAUGAUGGAAGAGAGUGGAAUAGAAACCACCCCGCCCACCACUCCUCCACCUCCCCUCAGCAUGGCAUCCGCAGUCAGUCCUCCUCCUCUGACCAUUGGCCUGUCAAGCCCCAUGUCCCUCCCCAGCACCACCGGCAUCUCCUCCUUUGCUCCAGAGGGCUUCUCAACCCCCACCCCUAUGCCCCCGAUGGGAGCGACCACCUCCCUUCCCCCAAUCCAGCCCUCGCUUGGCCCUCCAUUCAUGUCCACAGCCUCCCCCAUCCCCCCGCCUGCCAUGGGCGUCCCGUACACCAGUCCCAUGAUGCCUUUCUCCCCGACCUCCGGCCCUCCGCCUCCCAUGGGCGCCACCGCUCCUCCUCCGUCAGGUCCGUUCUUCGCGCCGCCAACCACAGGCUUCAGCAUGAGUGCAGGAUAUGACAUCACAAGAGGGCACGCCGGACGGACACCCCAGACGCCGCUCAUGCCCAGCUUCUCCAGCGCUCCUCCGAUGCCAGGGGUCAUAACAAACCCCAUGGUGCAGCAGCCAGCCAUGUCCGGAGGCUUGGAGCUGGUGUCCCCAAUCACGUUCCCCGAAGAUCAGGAGGACCCUCGCAUGGUCCAGACCGUCAACCCUGGAGGCGGAAUCUGGGGCUUCAUCAAGGGAGUGGCAGGGAACCAAAUGGUCAAGUCGGUCCUGGAUAAGACGAAGCACUCUGUGGAAUCUAUGAUCACCACGCUGGAUCCGGGCAUGGCUCCUUAUAUCAAGUCUGGCGGGGACGUGGACAUCGUGGUGACCUCCGAUAAGGAGGUGAAGGUGGGGGCGGUGCGCGAUGCCUUCCAGGAGGUGUUUGGCAUGGCCAUGGUGACCGGCGAGGCAGGCCAGUCCAACAUCGCCCCCCAGCCCGUGGGCUACGCCGCCGGAGUCAAGGGGGCCCAGGAGCGCGUUGACGGCCUGCGUCGCGCGGGCAUCAUUCACGAGAAGCAGCCGGUGGUCUCCGUGGAGAACUUCAUUGCCGAGCUCUUUCCAGACAAGUGGUUUGACAUUGGCUGCCUGAUCCUGGACGACCCGGGCAACGGCGUCCACAUCGAGACGUUCACCCAGGCCACCCCCCUCGCUCUGGAGCACGUCCAGCAGGCCCAGUCCCUCACCCCUCCAGACUACAGCCUGCGCUGGUCGGGCUUGCAAGUGACUGUCGGCGAGGUGUUGGAGCGGAACUUGCCGCACGUGAGUCGGACCGACUGGCACCAGGCCUUCACGGGCAUGUCUCGCCGUCAGAUGAUCUAUGGCGCUGCCAAGGCCCUGGCGGGCAUGUACAAGCAGCAGCUGCCCCCCAGGACAAUGUGAUGCCAGCCUGGCACUCCACUGCACCUCAGACCUGUGCCACGCCAAAGGGGAGGGAGGGCAGGCAGGGGAUACCCACAGACUGUAACAGCCAAGGACCCAGUGAACCCCUAAUGCCCCCUUCCUGUGUGUGUUUGUGCCCAGUGGGCAUGCCAAACGUACCUUAACGUCAACAUUUGUAUUUGUGAUCAAUCACGAUCUGAAAAAAUGAGACAUUCCAUGAGAUAUUUUUUUGUACCUCUGACAAGUUGGACGACGAUGUUUCAUGUAGAAUCCUGCCAAUGGAGAUCCCUGGACAAACCGAGAGCAAGAUUUUUGAAAGCUCUGAAAGCCAUUUUGAAAGGACACUUUUUUUGUUUUUGUUUUUGUUUUUUUAAAUGUCUUUAUUGGCUUUUUGUUAAGGGGAAUGGGCUAUUAGGACAUGUUGGAGUAAUAAGGUUAUUUCUAAAUGAUUAAUUGUGAACUAAAUCCAAAACAUUUCAUAUAAUGAAUUACAUGAAUUCUUGUCCAUCUUUAGGAAAUAUGAAUGGUAAAUAUAUAAUUACCAUUGCAUUGUGAUUCUGUGGAAAUAUAUGCAGACACGCACAUUUAGAAACAGACAUAAAACUGCAUUGGACAUGCCAGAAACACCUCUUUUAGCGUAGACGUAUCAAUCUUCUAAAUUCAGACUUAUUUGCCGUCAUUAACGCAUUAAACCUCAGUAAGACAUGUCCAGUACUUAUUAAGCAAGGUCGCAUCCAGAACUGCCCAACUUCCAGUUCACACCUAUCAGCGCAGGUCAGCUCAUCAGAGAAUGACUGCCAGUUGGCCCCUUGUGUGUUUGUUGCGUAGCUUGAGAAUAUGCAUUGAGGAUGGUCUGUUUAUGUCAUUCAUAGCAGAUUUACAUUCUGCUAACGUUUAGCAAGCACAAAGGGAGGUCUUGUGUGGACUGUGUUCAGGUGGCAUACCAACCUGAAAUUAUAGAUGCAUUUUAAUACAAGUCUGUGCAAGAUGGGUUCAAUCUGUUGUUCUUUAUUUAAUCCACAGACUUGGCAUUUAUUAAGGAAUUCGGCCAAUGCUGUGGUAUUUCAAACUGUUAUUAACUUUCUCUCCGGCUCAGAGGAGAGAUCUAUUCAAGCAUCCUUGAUUAAAGAUAAAGAUCCUGGACCUGAUCUGGAAUCUGCACAGACUUUAGGCCUUACACACUUACUUUUUGUUUUACGUGCAUGUUCGUUCUUUUGGUCUGUAAACUUACAAACUUACUACAAAAGUUACAGACCAGCGUGUAUGCAUUCUCUUUGUAUGAAAGUCACUGUUUGAAAGUGAAGGUCAGUGAAUAUGGAAGUCUUUCAAGCUUCUCUUAUCAAAUGAUGGCAGUAUGAUUACUGUUCCCCUACUAUAAUCUUUGCUCUAAAAAAAUGAGGGCAGCUCAAUGCUUUUUAGUCUAUUUUGCUAUUAAGUAGCAUAUUAUAAUAAUAUACUUGUGUGUGUGUGUGUUUUGAGUCCAACCUCAUUCUCAUGUAGGCUACAGCUCAGACUGACAAAAAGUAUAAUGCAAAAAUAUUGGCUGUGCGAGAUGUCCUAAUUAGUGUCAAAAAUGGAUUAUGCUAAAGAACAUUGUCCAGUGUAUUUAAGAGUAUAACUUCAUGUUUCAGGAACAGAUAUGUAACUGAAGCUUAUUGCCUGGAGUUAACCUAAUCAAGCCAGAUUCUGUUGUGAUUAUUUUUAAGGAGAAAAAAAUUCGGUUUGUAUCUCCUGAAUGUGCCUUUUGUCAUAUGGAGAGUAAAAUCUUUUUUUCGCUCAAA